CGUGAAUCCAGGAAUUUCCUAAUAUUGAAAAAAAAUCUGUAAUUCAGUUAAUAAUUAACUGAUUCAAUUUUUUCUUUGACCAGGUAUUUAGGAGAACUUUAAAAAGCAUAUUAUCUAAAUUCUGAUACCAAAGAAAAAUUUAAAAAGAUAUUUUUCACUACAGGGGACUGCUAUAUUUCAUAUUAACCUAGCAAUCCCUUCGUUUUUUUCCAUAUGGGACUGCUAGGUUUAUUGACCUAAUAUUCUGGGAAAUCAAUAAAUAAUACAACCCCAUAUGAUUUUAAAUCUGGGGAGAUACUUUGAUAGGUAUAUGUAUUAUUGACUUUACAUUUAUAAAUAAUUUUACACGUCUGUAUAAACUCUACAAGGACUCUACGCUUUAAUAAAUAAGUAUAUUAUAUAUUUCUAAAAUCUUAACUCUACUGUAGACUGUAGUUAAUAAAAAUAAAGUCCACAAUCAUUCACUAAAUACAAAUACAUUUUUUAAUUUAUUUUUAUUAUUAUCAGCUGAUUACACCAGAUGUUCCGCGCGCCCGCCGCGUACACAAACCUUCAUAAGCUUCAACUACUCUUGCUACUCCUCCGCGAUCAUGUUAACUGAUCCCGAUCAUAGCCGAUCGCGUUCGUGAGUAGACCAUUUGCGGAUUAGCACAAAUGCACAGUAGCACAAAUGGAGCCAUCUCAAAAAAUGAAGCCAUGAAAGACAGAUGCCACAAGGGGGAAUGUUGUUUUUUUCUGUUGCUCGCUGACAUAUGACGUUUUCGAAAGUUUUGUCAUAUUUUCCUUCACAGGUUUCAUCCAAUGAACUUACGUGUUGGAAGCAAUUUUCAUCAUUUAACAUAAUGAGUGCGACAAAAACAGGUAUCGCCUCCGCAGCAGCUGCACUAGGCUUCACGUUCUUCCUUAAGUGUUAGCAUUCCAGUUUUUGGUUAUAGUUCAUUGGGUGCAACCAACAAACACUUUUCGAAAGGAAUGAGCGCGUAAUGCCCCGGAGCUCCUCCUAGGUGUGAAAGGAAUUCAGCUAUUUGCUCGGUUUUCUGCAACCGUGAAAAAAAACUUAUGUCGUCAGUGUCACUGUCACUUCAUAUGCCGGAUUGGCCGGGAAUCGAAAUGACGAAAUGUGACGGUGACCUUUACAUUCGAACUCAAACUCGAGGAUAUUUCAAAUAUUUUAAUUUUUUUAAUCUUAAAGUAGUCAAAGUUCUAGAUUCUCUAGAGUUAUUUCACAGCACAGACAAGCUCACACUCCUCAGUUUGACUAGAUAACUGAAUUUCCAUUAUUUCUAACUCUAUCUCCAAUCUCCACUAUAUAAAAAUAAAAAUACAAUUGAACAUGAUCAUACAAUCCCUUCCGAAAGCAAUACCCAACAAGGCAUUAAUAAAUGCAAGUUAUACUGCAAUCCGACAAAACUCUAGUAUGGAGCUAAAAACAGUUGUAAAAGGCCAAACAAUAAAUUACCUGAAAACUGGCCAAGGGGCGCACAACGUACUAUGUUUCCCCGGAGCUCUGGGAACAAUUUGGAGUGAUUUCAAGCCCCAAAUCGAAGGUCUUGAUAAAAAUAAAUUUACUGUGCUUGCAUGGGACCCACCAGGGUGUGGAUUUAGCAGGCCACCCAAUAGGGUUUUUAAUACCAAGUUUUACGAAAACGACGCUGAUGCUGCUCAUGAUUUUAUGCAGGCUAUUGGUAUAGAAAAGUUUUCUUUAUUAGGCUGGAGCGAUGGGGGCAUCUCGAGCAUAAUCUUGGCAGCUAAAUAUCCUAAGAUUGUGGAUAAACUCGUGGUCUGGGGAGCUAACUGCUAUAUAAUACCAGAAGAUAUUGAGGCCUUUGAAAAAAUUAGAGAUAUUAGUGAAUGGUCUGACAGAAUAAAGAUUCCUUUAGUAAAAUUGUACACAGAGGCAGGUCUACAGAAAAUGUGGACUGAUUGGUGUGAUACUAUGCAAGAUUUGUAUAAAGAGGGUGGUGGUAAUAUUUGUAAAAACAGUUUGAAAGAUAUUAAUUGUCCCACAUUGAUUUUGCAUGGCAAUAAAGACCCAAUGGUUGCGCCAGAACAUCCACUGUAUCUGUUGGACAAUAUAAAAAAUGCCAAAAUUCACAGAUAUCCAGAAGGCAAGCACAACAUUCAUUUGAAGUAUGCCGAGGAUUUCAAUAAAGUUAUUUCAGAUUUUAUUUUAAAUAAUUAAGCACCAAUAGCAAUUCCUUAGUGAGAUAUUUUUAUAAAAUUGUUAUGUUUUGAAUAAUUUAAACUUUUUAAAAUACUUCUGUACUUCUUCCUUAGGAUAAGGUUUCACAGCUAAACACGUAGGUAUAUUUUCAGGUUGCUCGAUCCACAUUUUAUGUUUAACACUAUUCUCUUCCAAUUUAUUUCUUAAAUUUACUAUGCUUUGUUCGUCGGGAGCCUCCAAGACAACUUUGUGCAUAUUGUCCAAGUCCUGUAAAUAGAGUUUCGUUUGUUCGUCUUCGUAGAACAAGUGAGUUACAGCAGUAACUGCGUGGCAGGCUUGAGCCAGUACUGCACCAACAGGCCAUUUUAGUUCUUUGAGGAGGUCACCUCGGACUACUACGUAUUGGACUAUCGAGGAGGACAUUUUUAGGGCUUAUUUUUGUAAAAUUCUUAAUGUUAGUUUGUUUUUUUCAUUGAGAAUAUUGAGGUAGCUUUUAUAUACAACCUGCAUCACAUCACAUUUUCAAAUUAUUUGCUUUUUAAACAAAAACAAGUUGACUGUUG